AUGUUGGGAGAGAAACCAGAAGACUCGGGGAAGGUGUCUUCUGAUUCUCAUGUCGAAACAGCUCCUCAACCACCUGAGGGAAAAGUUUCUUCGUCCAGUAGGGUUCAAAAGCAAUCAUCAUUGGAUAAGAAACAAGACCAUACUACACAGAAAAGUGUGUUAGAAAUGAAACCUGUGCUGUCCAAAACAACACAGGAGGCUUUGACUCAGGAGAAACAUUCCGUCUCGAAGUUCUCAAAGGAUGUGUCUGAGGAACCGAAGACAAGUCAGGUCAAAGGUAUUGAAAUUAAAUCACAGCUUACUGAAAGUAAUUUAUCUGAUCAAAAUGUGCUUCCACCAUCAAAGUCACAGACUGUAGUUCAAGUCAAACAGAAAGAUUCUGUUUCUUCUAAAGAUGUGAAGCCAGCAGUUUCUAUCCCUGCCACUACUACAGAUGAGAAGCCAGCAUUAUCUGUCCAGGCCACUGCUAAAGAUGUGAAGCCAGCAGUUUCUAUUCAGUCAGCCACUAAAGAUGUGAAGCCAGCAGCUUCUGUCCAGUCAGCCACUAAAGAUGUGAAGCCAGCAGCUUCUGUCCAGUCAGCCACUAAAGAUGUGAAGUCAGCAGCUUCUGUCCAGUCAGCCACUAAAGAUGUGAAGCCAGCAGCUUCUGUCCAGUCAGCCACUAAAGAUGUGAAGUCAGCAGCUUCUGUCCAGUCAGCCACUAAAGACGUGAAGCCAGCAGCUUCUGUCCAGUCAACCACUAAAGAUGUGAAGCUAGCAGCUUCUGUCCAGGCUGCCACAAAAGAUGUGAAGCAAGCAGCUUCUAUUCAGACAGCCACAAAAGAUGUGAAGCCAGCAGCUUCUGUCCAGUCAGCCACUAAAGAUGUGAAGCCAGCAGCUUCUGUCCAGACAGCCACUAAAGAUGUGAAGCCGGCAGCUUCUGUUCAGGCUGCCACUAAAGAUGUGAAGCAGGGGACAUCUGCUGAGACUGUGAAAGUCAACAAAAAAGCAUCAUCAUCUGUAUCUACUACACAGCUCCAAAUAAAUGCUGCAGACACCAGAAAAGAACAGAAGGUCCUUAGCUCAAGGAGAAGUCCUGACAAAAGGGUGUUAGCCAGCGCCAAGGAGGUUAAUAGGUCCGCUGAUCGCAAGACUCCUUCUCUAGAACCAACAGAGUCCAAGGAUAAAGUCUCGUCUGUGGUUUCUGAGUCUAGCAGUUCUAGAAAAUCAUUGGAUUCUAAACAAGAAAAUGUACUCUUAAAGUCACAACCGGUGUCUCAAGAUUCCAAUGUAUCUUCUGAAGCUGUGUCAAAAGCAGCUAUAAGUGUUUCAUCUAAAAAGAUAGAGACAAAAACACCUGAUUUAACUCAGAAAGGGAAACAGAUAAGUUCUUCUCUUGUACAACCACAAGUGAUAGAGGCUUCAGACAUUCAGGUCAAACCUGAACAGAAGACUAAAACAUCUGGAAAGGUCAAAGCAUCCUCAUCUGUGCAACAACCUUUACCCAACACUUCACAGAGUAAAGAAGAGAGCAAGAAAAUCUCUUCCAGGAGGUCAGACCUCAGCAGUAGUCGAGAAAGGAAAAGUGUUGAGCGACAAGUUAGUUUGGAUGCAAAGUCAAAAUUAGAAGCUAGGAUUCAGAGAAAGUUAGAAGAAAAGUCAAGAUUACAAGAGAGAGAAUUGGAAAAGAAAUUUAAGAAACCCACAGAGGAUGAAAAGUCUGUCAGCUCGACGGCAGCAGAACGCAAACAUGGGUCAUCCGAUGACAGCUCGUCGAAGGAAAAAGGCAGGAGUAGACGCAUGUUGAGGAGGACAGGAGAGAAAUCAGCAGAGUACAGACGGAGUCGAUCUGUUGGAGAAAAGGACUCGGAAUCAUCACGAACUCCCCUCCAUGGGAAAACUCCACCAAAAGUUAUUACACCUAUGGACAUCAAACAAAUUUUAGCGAAGUCACCUGACUUUAAUCUGGAUGAUUUGUUGUUGGAUAACGCAGAAUAUUUAUCUGAUUCGGAAUUACUUGCUAAAGUGAUGUCCAAAGAAGGUGGCAGUGAUACAUCCAAGGAUAAGAAAUCUGGUUCAAAAGUGAAAAGAGUGUUACGCAAGAAAGAUUUACAGCGGAGUAAAUCUGAUACGUCCCAGAUGAUGGCUAUCGCAGAAUCCAAAAGAUUUGGUAAGGUUGAUGAUGGAGGCCUGGUCUCACUCGACAACAGACAGGAACAGUCAGCUGCAGAGGCUGGUGAUAAGUCUACAGUAGAGUUACAGUCUAGUCAAACAAAACAGGUGUCGCCUAUCACAGUCAACACAGAAUCAACCAAGGAAACACAGUCUCAUCUCAUCCCAGAGAAAAGUGCAGUGGACGCUUUUACCAAACAAUCCGCAGUUAAAUCCAGUGAUUUGGAUACAAAAGGAUUAAGUAUAGGUAAAGUGAAAGUAGAUGAAAGUGAAAGUAGGUCAGGUGUAAAAUCAUCAUUAUUGGAUAGUGGUGUAAAAAAAGGAAUUACGCAAGAAGAUACAAAGAUGGAUACUGAAGUGACAGGUGGUGGAUUACGAGUCACGACCACAGACAGUGACAGCAGUUCAAAAGUUCAAAGGUCAAGUUCGGAUAGAAGAAGGCGGAAAGAUAAAUCUGCUGCAAGAAAAUCUGCUUUGAAUGCUUCAAAUGUAUCAAUAACAGAUGUUGGAAGGAAAGCAAUAGAAGGAAGGAAUGAAGACAGAUCUUCUGCUUCCUCUAAAGAAGAUUCAACAUCAUCUGAAUAUCAGUCGGCAAAAUCGGGUGUGUCUUCGCGCUAUCCCCUCCACACACCCCAGCAUGGUCUUAACAGUGCACGUUCAUCUAACUCUCACACUGAAGAGCAUGCCCAGCCUAGGUCUUCUGUGCUCGACAAACUGCUGCCAUCACGAUUCAAUAUACCAUCUAAGGUAUCGUCUGGAAUUUCUAUAUUUUCAAGUGACAGUGAUCGUUCCCAUGACAACAUUGUUAGUAACAAACAAGUGGAAGACAUCAACAAAUCUCCACGACGAAUCGCCCGACAGAAAGAUUUCUCAUCUCUCUUACAAAAGUUCUCCAGCUCAGAACAGUCCAGUUCAGAGUCGGAGCCUGUCGCAGUAUCACCUAGGCGGAAAUUUAGUCUUCGCAGACAAGAAGCUUGUGCCGUAACUAGUAGUGAUGAGUCGAACACAGAGAGAUCACGUCGCACACCAGAAAGAACUCAAAGUCUUCGUGUGCGUAAUAGCCCUGUACCUGAAGAUCGUGGACUAUCCACAGUUCAAAGGUCAGGGAGUUUUAAAUCAGACUUCAUGAGGAGACAAAGCCCCAGCUCCACUGACAGGGUUCCACUUCCUGUAGAGACUGUUCAGAAAUCGAAUGAUACUUGGAAUGAAAACAUGGACAAACCGUCACCUGAGUUAGCUGCAGUGCUUAGUAAGAGACAGGAGGUGGUGACCAGUCAACAACAACAAGGGGAACAGCUAGAGAGAGAUAGAAUAACAGAUAAAAGUGUGGAGAAAGACUCAUCCCGGAAAUCUGUGCCUGGUGUUAGUGAGAAUAUUGUAGACAAAGAAGUGGCAGCCAUCUUGAAUUUACGGCGGAAGGAAAUGGAUGUGAUGACAAAAGAGGUGUUAGCACCAUGUCCCAUUACCUCAACGGAGGUUCAUCUUACUAAACCUGACAUAUCUCAAACAAAACUCACAUCAUCUGUUACAUCAGGGGAGGGGUCAUUAUCUCAGUCUAAUUCUAAACAUGACAGUGAUAAAGUAUCACCACGGAUAGUGGAAGAUAUCACUAAAAUGGAAAGAGGAUCUCCAGAUGGAGAGAGUGCUGUCCGGAUGGAUAUUUCCGCAAUUGAUACAAGCCUUGCUGUCCUUGACAAGGUCACAGCAGAAAUGGACCAUAUGUGUGAAUCAAGUACAGAUAGAAAGACCCAAUCUCAAUCCAGCGAUCCAAAUCUAACAUCAUCUCUAAGUAAAUUACAUGUAGAAAGCCCAGCUGAUGUAGCUCAUUUCAUCAACACUGUUCAACAAGAGGCUGCAUCAUGUAGCGAUGAAAAAGUGUUACCACAAAAACAGCCUGCUCCUAAAAACGUAACUGAGAAAACUAUUCGUCGUGCUUCCAUUGAAAAGUCAAAAGAGAUAUCCAAGCCAAUUGUAAGGGCUGUUAUAGAGGCGGCUCCCAAAAAGGACACUCCAGAUAGGACUAUUGAAGGGAGAUUAUCUCCCUUCCGAGAUCGCGUUUCCUCAGCUGGAAAAACAAUACAACCAUCAGUCUCACUUUCAUUAAAGAGGACACAAUCAUUAGGUAAAGUGGAUAUAUCCGAACAAAAAUUGAAAGGAAUACUAAAACGAACACCUUCAUUGAAACAAACUUCAGGCGUCAUCGUGGACGCAGAAUUAGCAAGUAUCCUGGAGCGACGUCGCGCCCAGGAAGGUGAAGACAAUGAUGAGGGAGAGAAGAAAGUCCUUUCUGCCAAAGAUGACAUUAAGGAAACGUUGAGACGUGAACGUAAACAUCGUGGAGACAGCAUAGAUGAUGAGGAAAAUGGCACAACACACCAGGCAGGUGUGUCCAUGGCUGAGAGGAUAUACAACAUGCAAUCUCGCCUUGAGGAAAUACAAUCAUGUCCAGUGACUCCUAAGACUAAAUCUGGCACCACUACACCAAAGUUUACAUUUAAAAGGGGUGAAAGUCCAAAGACUUCAGCAAGUUUCGAUUUUUCAUCAGAACAGCCUUCUGUAUCUGGGGAGUUGUUGAUAGAAAGACUGAGCAGCCUUGCUGAUAAAGGAAAAUCAGUGACAUCAAAGCGCAAGCAAUUCCAGGAAAGUAAACGAGAGGAUUGGAGACGGCGCACACAGCCAGUGACUUUAGAGGAAAUCCAGGAGGCUGACAGUUUAGAAUCAGUUCGAGCCUUUCGAGCCGAAGUGCUUCGUAAAGCCUCUACCAAUGUGUUCCAGCAGUUUCAAAAACAGAAAUCACUUCCCAUCAAAAAGACUGAAUUUCCUCAUCCGUAUCAUCGUUUGAAACCCAAUAAGUCGAGAAAAGACAGACAUAAGACACUGCCUAUAACGGCAGCAGAAUUAAGUGCCAUUCCCGAAGGUCAGACAGGUGAAUUUGUAACCUUCCGAACCAAAAAGGAUACAAACGGAAAUCGGGAUUCAAAAACAGACUCUGGAAUUCUUUCUGACGUCGAAGUUGACUCACAGGUCUCUGACAAAAUGUCAGACAGUUUACGAAGUCUCGGUAUUGAAACAGAUUUAAAUGAUGAUGAUCCUGCUAGACUCAGUGUGUCAGCCAAAGCCUCCAUAUUUAAACAACAAAUCGAAGAAAAGUCAAAGUCAGCUAGUGGGGCCAAAAGAUAUAUCGACAGGAAGAAACGGGAAAGGUCAAGGACACAACCUGUCACCGAAGACGAGGUCAAAAUAGCCGCAACCAUGGGCGAAGACGGAACUGAAGAAAGUGAGGAAAAAGUAGAGGAGGAAAAGAAAGAUUAUAAAAAAGAAGAAAAGGAAGAUGAUAAGGGAGAGAAAGAAAAGAAAAGACAAGAAGGUGAUGAAUCUGAUGAAGCAGAUGUUUCCAGAUGUAGCCUUGCCGAAAAAGUGAAACUGUUCUCAAGUUUGAAGGAGCAGGAAAAGAAAGCUCCAUCCAAGGCGCCAGUUUUACGAAGACGUAAUCGCAAGGUCGCAUCCAGAUUCAACACACAGCCUGUGACAAUAGAAGAAGUUGAGAAAGCUGCCGAGUAUCGAAUCUCACCCUUAGCAAUGAGUCUGGUUAAGCCCCCAGACCCAGAGCUCCUCAAAACCCUGCCCCUCAGUGCCCAACGGGACCUCGUAGCUCAGCAUGCUGAGAUGUGUCUGUCCACCCCAUCCUCACGGUCAAGUUCUCGCCAUGGAUCAAUGAUGGACUUGGCGACUGGGGGGUCCCAGAAGGGAUCAACCAGUGACCUUGGAACGCGAUCUCAGGCAGGAUCUGUGGCAGAUCUGGGGAAAGGGUCAGCUCCAGAUCUAAGAAAAGGAUCUCAGAAAGGAUCACUUUCAGAUGUCAGAAACGUUGUCACUGCGGAAACAGCUCAGGAUAAAGUACCAGACAAUUCUGAUUCAUCUAAAGAAUCCAAAGAUGUGAAAAGUAUUUUGAAAUCGGAUGUAAAGAGUCCCGAGAGGGAUAUACGAGGAAUUCUCAAAACUGAUACCGAAAAGGAGCAAGAAUCUCUCACAGAACCAAAAAGUAUCUUGAAACAUCAGGAGGAAGAUUUAUCAGUUAGUAAGGUGUCAGACAAACCUCACAGUAUACUUAAAACCGAAGACAAUGACAAGACUACUAGCGUAGAAGAUAAACAAACAGAAAUUUCAAGACCAGAUGAUGAGCCGGUUACGAAGGUAGUAGCCUCAUCCACGGAAAUGGAUGAUGAUCCUAAAAGCAUUUUGAAACGCGAAACUCCUGCCGACAAAGAUGUAGAGAGGAAGGAUAGUGCAGAUGAAAAAUCAGAACCUAGAGGAAUUCUGAAAAAGGAAAGUAGUUUUGAAUUGAAGAAAUCGGAACCCGAUAAAAGUGUCCUGAGAAAAGGUCCCAUGAAAGACGCAGCAUUCCUGAGUGAAUUACGCGGAAUUUUAAAGAAAGAUUCUUCAGAAGAAACCGCAGAGGUCAAAGAUAAUGAAGAGAAACCAGAGGUGUCGUCUGCUCCUGAGGAAGUGUCAACACCUGUUGUGGAAAACGGUUCCGUGAAGACAGAACAUGAAGAAAAACCAGAUACUACAGACACUGAAAAUCUAACUAGAAAAAAGGGAAGGGAUAAGAAACAAGCAGAGAGUGGGAAUAUGAUUCAGUCCAAGGUAGCAGCUCUUAGAAAAAGAUACCUGACCCAGCCUGCUGACCUUACGACCCCAAACAAGUCCCCAGAAACCCCUCACAGGAAGUACACUGGCAGACACAAGACUCAGCCAAUCACUCCCGAGGAAAAGAAACUGGCCGAGGGACAAGACAGGAGCAGCAGUUCUAUCAAAGACAGGCUGAGUGCACUAAAGAAAAGUGGAGAUGAGGAGUGGAGGAAGAGAGUUUCGAAGAAUAUUGACUUCGAAAGUCCUAUUGAUGUUAAAGGAAGAGCAUCCAGUCCAGUAGAAGUGAAACUUCGGGAAAAACGGUCAAUUUCCCCCAUCGCUAGGCCCUCUAGUAUUGCAGACAGGGUCAGUCAGAUCAAGAGUUCACAGCAAGGAUGGAAGGGCCGAGUGGAGGAAACAGAUGCCAAGAAAUUUACAGUAGCCCAUAAGAUAGCUGGUCAAGUUGAGGAUAGUCCCUUGGUAUCGAAACUAAAGCGUUUAAGCAAGAGAGAGUCUGAUUCUGAAUCGGGGUCAGAGAUCACUUCACCAUCAACCCCCAGCAAAGAAUGGCCCAAAAUUCCUUUCCCGACCACACUGGUGUCAGGCCCUCCAGUGGUUGAUGUUGCUAUGGAGAUUAAGGCAGAAGAAGAAGAGGAGGAGGACAAGGGGCCUGUAAAAGUCAGUGUUCCUCAGCAGGAAAGCCUUGAGGCCUUCUUUAUCACCAAGUCUACAGAUCUCAUCAUCCAAAAUGAAAAGAUUGAGGUGGAGGUUGACACCUUCGAUGAUCUAUUUAUAGAAGCCAAUGACAUUUUGGAAACAACAAGAAAGAUUCGACCAAAACGUAAAUACACUGCCCGCAGCAAAAAUCCUCUCAAGACAAUGUCCUUGAACUUGGAGGUUAAAUCCGAGUAUGAAGAGGUCAAGGUUGGAUACGCAGAACAAGAACUGAAGCGCCAAAAGACAGCACAAUUUUCCAGAGAAGCUGGUUUUGCUCAGGAGGCACUAGCUGGUCUUGCCAGCAAAGAGAACUUUUCCAAGGUGUCCCUACGGAAGACAGCCGAACAGGCCACUAGUGGUACUUCACGCCUGGAACCCUACAAAGACCUCAUGCUUCUCCAUGUCAAAGGGCGUCGACGUGUUCAGACACGACUGGUGGAACCUGUUGCUAUGUCGAUCAACAGUGGUGAUUGUUAUGUCUUGGUGACCCCCGAGAAGGCUCUCACCUGGAUAGGAGAGUACUGUAAUGUUAUAGAGAAGGCCAAGGCAGCUGAUGUGGCCUCCAUGAUUGUUCAAAAGAAGGACAUGGGUUGUAAAGGGGCCAGUGCAGUGGGGUCUGUGGAGGAAGCACGACAGCACUUGGGAACAGGCAAACAAUUCUGGGCAGCACUCGGUGGGCAAAAGGAGAUUGCUCCGGGUGGUCCUACAGAGGAAGACGAGUUGUAUGAGAACCACAUCGUUGAAACCAACAUGGUGUACCGUCUCAAAGACAACACCCUCCAGCCUUACGAAGAGUACUGGGGCACUAUCCCCAAGUAUGAAAUGCUUAAAAAAGAUGAGGUAAUCAUCUUCGACUUCGGGACAGAGUUUUACAUCUGGCAAGGAAAGUCCGUCAAACCAGACCAACGAAAACUCGGAGUGAAGCUGGCACGCCAACUCUGGGACAAGGGAUAUGAUUACAGUAGCUGUGCUAUCAAUCCCCUGUGUCUAAAACUUGAAGAAGAGGGUGGGUUACCCACAAAAAAUUCUGUACGACCAUCUUGGGCGCUGUUUGGCAAGGUGAACCAGAAUAUGGAGACUGUUCUGUUUAAAGAAAAGUUUUCUGAUUGGCCAGAUAGCUCUCGCCUUAUAAAGUGCAAAAGCCAGACAGAUCUUUCUGGGAAUAAGGUGGACCUAGUGGAACUGAAACCUUACGAUGCCAAAUUAAUGAUUCCUGUUGACACUAAACCAGUGUCUUUACUUCUGGAGGGAUCACAUGUCGGCAGAGGAGUGCAAUGGUUUGAGGAUAUGGAGGGUUUCACAAGAGAGCAGAGCAUUGUAACUUUAGGAGUAACUGUUUGGCAUGUCCUCGAGUAUGACCACUUUAAGAUGCCUGACCUGAGUUUUGGCCAAUUCCAUGACGGUGAUACUUAUGUGGUGCGAUGGCAGUAUAUGAUUACCCAAGCAGGGUUGAAGGGAUUAAAAGGGACCCAGUCUCGACGGUCACAAGUCGGACGUGAGCGAUGUGCCUACUUCUUCUGGCAGGGACGCAACUCAACCAUCAAUGAGAAAGGAGCAUCAGCCCUCAUGACUGUGGAACUCGACGAAGAACGAGGACCUCAGGUACGCGUAGAUGAAGCCAAAGAAAUGCCCUGCUUCCUGAACUUGUUCGACGGAAAGAUGAUGAUUCAUAUGGGAAAGCGGGAGGAAGAGGAAACCAAUACCCAGGGUUCCUGGCGAUGUUACUGUGUUCGUAAUGACUGUAAGAAUGAGAUGUGUUUAGUGGAGGUUCGGGCAGGCAUGGAUUGUUUACGGAGUCGUUCCACCUUCAUCCUUCUCAAUGUUAACAGUGGACUUCUCUAUAUUUGGCAUGGUGCCAAGUCUCCAGAAAACAUUCGGGGCCUUGCCAAAGCAGCAGUCGACAACCUCAAAUCCCAGUGUCCUUUAGAAAUCGGUCUUCAUGACAAAGCUGAAAUCUAUGUGAUAGAAAUGGAGGAAGGUGCUGAGCGUGAUGAUUUCCUCAAGGUCAUGGGGUCAACAGAUAAAGAUAGAACGUCUUACCAUUCAUUAUUAUCGGAUCGCCAGCUCUACGAUUACACCAUAAGACUUUUCCAUAUGUCCAGUGUGUCUGGUGUGUUUGAAGUUCAUGAAAUCCAGAACCCUUCUCGUACCCAAGAUCUAGUCACUCCCUAUCCCUUCCUACAGUCUGACCUCUACAAGGCCUCACAGCCAGGACUGUUUCUGGUGGACAAUCACCAUACAGUGUUUCUUUGGCAUGGCUGGUGGCCGGAGGGAGAUGCUGAAGUGGACAAUGUCAUAACUGGGUCAGCUCAGUCCAGGUUCAAUGUUGACCGCAAAUGUGCAAUAGAUACGGUUCUUCAUUACUGCCGAGAGAAGAACCCAGACAAUCCACCUGCUGCCUAUGCUGUCCAUGGGGGUUUAGAACCUUUGUGCUUUACCGGUCUCUUCCCCUAUUGGGAAGUUGAUGAAAGUGUCCAGGGGAUCAAUCUCAGGGAUGGUAAAACUGAUGGUGAGAUGGUCUCCCUGCAUGAUAUACUCGAGAAAAUGACCAAGACAUGUUACACAUUUGCUGAACUACAAGAGCGUCCUCUGCCAGAGGGAGUGGAUCCCUUGAAGCUUGAAAAAUACUUGAUAGAUGAUGAAUUUGAAGAGACAUUAGGAAUGACCAAAGAUGCGUUUUAUGCACUUCCAAUGUGGCAACAACAUCAACUUAAAAAGGAUGUCGACCUUUUCUAAAGAAAUCCACACUUUCAUAAGCAAACAUUUGUCUCACAAAGGGAGGUAACUUUUAUGAAGGGAGAUAACUGCUUGAACUGAUGAGGAUUUGAUUAUGCUCUUGUCUUUCUACAAAACAUCUUCUCACUUCCAAUCCAUGUGAAUGGAGAUAAUUGUUCAAUGAUAGUGAUUUUAGAAAAUGUGAAUCUAUCUGCUGUAAGAGCCUUUCUAUUGAGAUUAUAAAAUUUCAGCAAUGUGAAUGUCUCUAGUUCCAAAUCUUUACAUAGUAAGGUGCUUCCAUCUCUCUUCACAUACUCAACUUUUAUAAAAAAUCCAACUUUCUUCAAUAAAAUAUUGCCUCUUACAACUAUUUUUAUAGAAAAUUUUUAAUAAUCUUAUUGCAAUUUUUUAUGUUGAAAUUGUUAUCUGUAUUAGGAGAAAUAUAAAAUGUGUCACAAACUAGCAAGGGGAAUUAUUGUUCACAAUUUGUGUCACUCAAAUAAUCCAGAACAUACAGUACCUGGAGAGAUUUGUUUAAUAAGUCAGAGACACCUGGAGUGAUAAAUCAGCCAUUUUAGCUGGUAAGAGAUACAACUACAUCUGGCUUGAUACAAUCCAGACAGAGGCAGAUAUUUAAAGUGUUGGAACAUUCAAUUUUCACUCAUUUGUGAAUAUUAUGCAAUGGCUUUCAAAUGGGAAAAUAAGGAAAUUGAUGAAUUGUUGAAGCUUGAAUUAUGUUUUGUUUGUAGCAAGUGAUUUAUUUUUAAAAGGCAGCGCAACCUUGAAGAAUAAAAUUGUUUCAUCAUCACAUGCACGUGUAAUUUUGGUAUUUUUUAAUGUACAAAAUCUUAACCCAAUUACUUCAGUAUUCAAAGAGGGGAGAUAACUCCACCUGUCCACUGGUAUAAACAUGACGUUUUCUUUUCCUUAUAUGUCAAUUUAGUAAAUUGAAUUUUUUUUUGUAUCGUGUUAGAUUGAAUUUAUACCUCAAUAAACAUUAAUUGGUGACAUAUAAGAACAUUGAUUGGUGAGCAGAUAAAAACAUUGCCUUGGUACAUAUUGUGUGGUCUGGAUUCAGAGAUAAAUGUAAAUUUCUUGCAGUAGCAGAUUGUUUCAGAUUAAUUUUUACUUUCAUGAUCAACAAGACAUGUUUUUCAUCCAAUACUUAUAAUCUUGCCAACAACCUGUAUUAAUUUCCCAACAAGUGGCAUUAUUGUAAGUCAGCAUUAUUUUUUGUCAGAUCCUAUAACAUAUCAUUAUAUCUCCACCUUAAUCAUAUUGUGUAGUUAUGGAUUUGUGUCUGUUACCCUUUUGCUGUGUCUCCUUGUAAACCAGUCUUCUAAACCUUCCUGAUAACAGUAAUAUUUAUACCCAGUUUUUGAUUUGGCAUUAUUUUUUUGGUCCCAUAUUUGGUUCGUUUUGUUAUCUGAUCAAUUCUUUAUUAUACAGAAUCUUCCGAAAAUCUCAAAAAGAUAAGUUAUGUGUGGUCCUGUUACUCUCCACCAUGUUUGGAUAUCAUACUAUAGAUUUAAGUCAAAUUUAAUGCAAAAUAUGCAUGUUAUUUACCUUACAAACCGAUCACAUGAUUAAAAAGAAUUUAAUGAAUAUUUGUUAAAAAUAUAUUAACACUGUCUCCAUUUGAUCUUAUAUAUUGUAUAGGUGUGACAUGAUCUUGUACUGAACAUUUUUUCUCAGCGAGAUGUGAUAUACAUAUCUCUACCAAUGUGUUGUGCUUAUGUGUUGAUGUGUUUGUCUGGCUACCAUAGUAACUUGUUUUCUAAUUUGUAAUUCUUAUCAGUUACUUACCCCUUUUAUUUAAACUUAUCUUUUUGAGGAAAUUUCAUUUCAACAUCAAUAUAACCUUCACUAUUUCAGUUUUCUAUCAUUUGUAAAAUCUAAGCCCAUUACAUACCAUGAUAAGCCUUUUAUAUUUACAUUUGAUGGAAAAUAUUUUGGACGAGUUUAAAUAUUUUGGAUGUGUUUCUCUAGCUUCUCUUUGUAUUCAACCCACUUAAAGAUGUAUCUUACAUAAAUGUAUUUCAAAGUUUAUUUUGAAGUUCACUUGACGAACACGUAAUGCAUCAUCAGUAAUUCAACUUCCACAUUUUUAUGACAUUAAUUUGAAAAUUCACAUUUUGAAAUGAAUCACGCUUUUGUAUCUGUAUGUGUCGUGUUAAUCGUUGUCUUAUUUUUCUGUCUUUUGAUCUCUUGUUUCUGACUGUAUAGAAUUAUUGUAUACUUAUAAAAGUGUUACCAUAGCAACCCUCCCAAAAUGCUUACACUCAUCAUUAUAUAUCUACGUUUAUGUUAACAGUUAAGCUGACCUCUGUUGGGUUCAACUUCCAUGCACAAAAAGAAAUUUCUCGACAUGAAGUAGGUUUCCUUUAAUUUGAUUUAAAAAAUAAUUUGUUUUGCAAACAAUAAGUAAGAAUCUACAAUCGUCAAUACAAGAUAAUGGUUAUCCUUCAUUGGAUUUUGGGAGUUUACUUAUCUGAAAAUCAGGUACUGGACAAUAUAUUGUAAUUAAAAUAUCGAUGUACUAAAAAGUGAUUGUGAUUCAGGCAUGCUUAUUGGGGAAUGGUGUGUACUAGGUCAUAAUUAUAACAGAAUUUUGUAUUUUCCAUGUUUGAGAAAUCAUUCUAAAAGCUAUUGUUUUUUGCCAACAUAUGUUACAUGUGAAUUGUAUAAAAGGCCUAUUUAGAUUCAGACUAAAUGUGUAAGACAACGUGCAAUUUUCCGAUUUCAAAUAUUUUCUUCAAGAGAUUGUUGUAAUGCAAAAGUGUUUCUAAAUAUAGACGCCAGUUUAAUCCCGCCAGAAAUCGCCUGUUCACCCUCUAUUUCAGAAAUGAACCUUCCCUAUCCAAAUAUAAUUGGAAUAUUCUAUAUUGUGAUAUGGGGGUUUACAGGUGGUUUUUGAUAUGUAAUGUUACCAUAGAUAUAUAUAUACACACAUAUAUAUAUUUACAAGCUGCCAGUUGACUUGGCAAAUUUUUCAUGUUUGUUAUGCAAAUCUGUGAUGCUUAUACAAAAUCAGCUUAUUAUUAUAAUUAUCAAGUUUGAUAUAUUUUUUUUAAUUAAAUUAACAUACAUAUUGAAUGUAGAGCUUAUUGUGCUGGCUUAUGUUGUAGAUAGUGGUGUACAUAUUUCUGUGUGUAUGAUACUUUACAUUAUAUAUAGAGGUCUGUUGUAGAUCAUCAAGUAUAUAGGUACAAGUAGGCUCAAAUAUGUACGAUUUGUUGUAUAUAUAAUGUAAUAAAAUCCAUGCAAACUGAAAUGUUUAAAAAGUGCUUCUGAUCUUUUAAAAACAUAAAAUGAUUAAAAACUUGCUAAAUUUGA